GAACGAGAUGAGCACGCCUUCGCCGUGAAAAUCCAGCGCGCGCGGCCAUGGAAGCAACGCGUAACGCUGUCGAUUGGCAGUCGGCCGCGACGCGUUGCGUGGCAUGGAGUAUAGUUCAUCUUCUUCAUUCUCAUUUUGACCUAACCAAGCGAAAAAAACAUCCGAAAUUUUGGGAGAUUUCUUGGUAAUAACGUUCAAAAGUGUCGUUCAGUGUCGAGAAAUAUUUUACGGUGUUCAUUUGCGAUUAAAAGAGACGCACAAAAACAGUGUCAAAAACGCAUUUUUUCACAGUGCUCUUUCCUUCAACAACGACUCUUUAACGCGCGUUUAAGAGCAAUCGAAAGGAAAAAAGGAAAGAAAAGAAUAGAGAGAAAAAAAAAAGAACAAGGAAACAUGGUGCUUCCCAAGUGUUACGGAUUUAUUAAGUACGCCCUCGUGUGGGUGAAUCUUGUCUUUUGGGCGGUUGGAUUAGCAGCAGUGGUCCUAGCGAUAUGGAUGUUAACCGAUCAAACCUUUCUCGUGUCCUUGGCACAAGAACAACACAAUUUCAACGCAGGCCUUUAUAUCUUCCUAGCUGCUGGACUCGUUAUGCUCGUGGUAGCCUUUCUUGGAUGUUGCGGAGCCUUCCGUGAAUCUCAAUGUAUGCUCGUAGGCUUUUUCAGUUGUCUAUUGGUUGUAAUAGUCGCGCAAAUUGCUGCUGGAGUUUGGCUCUAUACCAACAGUGAGCGUCUCGCAGAACUCGUCAAAUCAUCCGUAAUCAACACCGUUAAGAACGAGUAUGGAUCCGUCGAAAUUCGUACUCAAACAGUGGACGCCUUUCAAUCGGGUCUUGGAUGUUGCGGAGCUACGGGACCAGCUGAUUGGGCUGGCAGUUUUUAUGCCAAUUCCGAUUCUUCCAUUCCUCUUAGUUUAACCGUUUCAUCGAAGUCGAACAAUGCGUACAAAGUGCCGAAAUCCUGUUGCAAGGAUAAGGACAGUGUAACUUGCGAAGUAGCUCGCAAUCUCAAAAUAGCGGAUAUAGUUAGCCCUGUUAUAUAUAACGAGGGAUGCAUAGACAAAUUGGUAGAAGCGUUGAAGAGUCAAAGUUGUAUUGUGAUCGGCGUUGCGAUAGCCGUCGGAAUCCUUGAACUUCUUGGUUUGAUAUUUGCUUUGAUUUUAUGCUGUGCGAGCGGAUCGUCGGAUAGAUAUAAAGCCUAAAACGAUCUGCGUUCUGUAUUCAAAGUCCUUCUUCGUCCAAUUUUUCCAUAUAAUAUUCGAAUCGCUAUAACCGAUAUCAUUGUUCUACUUUGUGCCAAGAUCGAUCAAUAUUAUUUUAUAUCAUUCUAACUCUCGUAUAAUUCUUAACGUACAAAGAGAACACUCGAAAGAUCAAUCGAAAUAAUGGGUUAUAAGAAAUCUCGAAAUUUAUUUACGAUAAUGCGAAAAAAUCGAUAUCAUUUUAGAUGGCACACGAUAUCGACGAUGUUCGAAUUCGUAUUGCACAAAACUUCUCCGUAUUUAUGGGAAUUACGAUUUUCUUUGUAUUUGUAUUUCAUGUAAUUUUGGAUCUUCUUUUUCUUCUUUUUUUCUUGUAAGAACUUCACUGUUGUAAUUAUUUACAUUUACCUGUUUAAUAACUAAUAUGAGAUUAAGAAUAUAAGUUCGAAACGACUGAAAAUAAUUGAUAAAAUCUCAACUGCACUGAAUCUCCGAAUUUAGUUAGAUUUACGUUAUGUAAUUAUUAACAUCGUAUAUUUUGAUAAAUGCUCGAGAACAUAGAAAUUAUGUAACGUUUAGAGUACCUACGCAUCGUAUGCUUUUUUUUCAGGCCAAAGUCAUACACCAAAAAAAAGAUUGGUAUCGAUUUUAAUAUAUAUUUAUAUAUACAUACACACAUACAUAUAUCAUAUAUACAUACGUACGUACGUGCGAGUAUGUACAAACAUAUAUUUCUCAAAUGAGUAAAUAGACUAUGUGGGGCGUUGCGCAAAUCAAAGACAUUGACAGAUAUUAUUUAUUGUUAAAGUACACACGAAAAAAGUUUAAGCAAGGAUCAUACAUGUACUGCCUUGGUGAUGAACAUGGUACAAAUAUCAAGGAAGUAUUUUGAUUGUCUUAUAGUGUGAAUGUGCGCGCGUGUGUGUGCUUGUGUGCGUGCACGCGAGAGUGAAUGCGUUUCAAAUCAAAAUAUAGACAUAGUGUAACACCCACAAAGUCUAGUCCACAGAGGUUUAAUUGUAAAUUGUUAAUGAUUAUCAAAAAAGAAAAAUAAUUUGCUUUAUUAAUAUACGUAUUUGCGCGUAACUCUUAUCGUUAACACUUUAGUAAUAAUGCUAAAUGUAUUCUGCGCUACUGUAUAUUACAAAAAAAAAAAAAAAAAAGAAACAAGGAAAA